AUGGAAGGUUCUGAUUUUGUUAGAGUUAAGAGGGGAAAAUCAGGUGAUUCAGGGAUCAUUAAGAUAAAGAGGACAUCAACGCCGGAUGAUGUAGCCUCCGUUCUUUUGAAGGAGAGAGAGGGGCAUGGUGCGGAUAGAGAAGUUGACAGUACCAGAAAACGUGACGAGGAUGAUGUAGAGAACAAAGACGAAGAUGAGGAUGAUGGAGAAGAUGUUGAUGACGGGGAUGUAGAAGUCAGUGAUGCAGAGAAGAAGCAGCAGAGACGUGUCAGCCACGGAUUUCAUUUAGUUGAAGGGAAGAUGAAACAUGGAAUGGAAGAUUAUCUGGUGGCGGAAAAAAGGAAAAUGGAUGGACAUGAUCUUGGGCUCUAUGCAAUAUUUGACGGUCAUUCAGGACGUAAGGUUGCAGAAUAUUUGCAAAGCCAUCUUUUCGAUAAUAUACUGAGUGAGCCUGAUUUUUGGAGGAAGCCUGUGACUGCAUUUAAGAAGGCAUAUAAAAGUACGAAUAACCACAUUCUGGAGAAUGUGGUUGGUGCACGAGGUGGCUCAACAGCGGUGACAGCUAUAUUGAUUGAUCAGAAAUAUCUGGUUGUGGCCAAUGUAGGUGAUUCACGUGCAGUACUCAUUCCGAAGGGGAAGGUCAAACAAAUAACAGUCGACCAUGAACCGCAAAAGGAGGAAGAAAAAGAGGUAGUCAAGAGUAAAGGAGGUUUUGUUAUUAAGAUGCCAGGGAAUGUCCCGCGGGUGGAUGGCCAACUAGCCAUGACAAGGGCAUUUGGAGACGCAAAAGUGAAGGACCAUAUCACUGUGGAACCUAGUGUGACAAUUGAGAAGAUAGACAAUGACACUAAUUGCAUAAUCUUGGCAAGUGAUGGCUUGUGGAAGGUGAUGUCGAACGAGGAAGUGGCAGAAUGCGUAAGAGGGAUAGAAGAUGGGAAGAAAGCAGCAGAAGAGUUGAUCACUGAAGCACUUGUGAAGGGGAGCCGUGAUGAUAUCUCUUGUGUUGUAGUCAUGUUUCACUCAUAG